CCUCUCAAGGUAAAACAACUUUGCCACUGCAGAUGUUGAAGAAUCAUUCAUUCCUUUCCAGUUUCCAUUUUCACUCUCUCUCUCUCUUCUGUUACUGUUCACAAUUCUGAAUUCUGAAUUCUGAAUUCUGAAAUGAGAGAACAACAACAGCAGCGGCAACAACAAUUCCACUCCAAAUCAACCCAUCAAUUGCUUUUACUCUUCCAUAACUCCAGAUUUCAUCAUUUCAUUACUGUUUCUUCUUUCCUUUCUUAAUCCCAAAUCAGAAAUUCAAACCCAGAUCAGAUCAUCAUCAUCUUCUUCUUCCUCUUUCCACAGAUUUUGUAUUGUAUGAACAGGACAAUGUUGGGUCUCCGAGAUGUUCUCUUUAUAGCUCCCACGCCUUCUUCUCUCCAUCAACAGACAACCCAAAUCAUUUCCUCCGAUCACCACCCAUCUCUUCCUCUCCCUUCCUCCGCCGCUCUCGGCGUCAGCGUCGGCAUUUUCCCCCUUCUCGCUGCAACCCCAUGUCUCCCUCAGCCGCCGCCGCCGCCGCCCCCGGCCGCCGAAGUUAGCGAGCGCAGGGGUGUGGACAAUCUGAAGAGAACCCAGGAUUUCGGAUUCGGGAAAGGGGAUUCGUUGAUCGCCGGCGGGAAUAAUGCCCUCGACGAGCCGGUGAGAGGCGACGCCGGCGAUUCCUCCAUGGGCGUGUGUAGGGACUGCGGAAACAGAGCCAAAAAGGAGUGCGAUUAUCGGAGGUGCAGGACGUGUUGUAAAGGGCGUGGGAAUCAUUGCUCCACGCACGUCAAGAGCACGUGGGUGUCGGCGGCUCGCCGCCGUGAGCGGCAGAUGUUGGUUGUGAUGGACGGCGUCGCCACCGCUAGUGGCGACGGUGGGUCUUCUGGGUCUUCUUCCGCUGGCGCUAAAAGGCCUAGAGUUCUGAUUCCAUCACAGAGUACUGCCGCCGCCGCCGCCGCCUCCGCCUCUCACGCCUCCACCUCCAAUGCCACCACUCCCCGGAGCUUCGAAACAAGUUCUAACCAUCAAGAUGCAAGCUUCAAGAAGUCGUUACCGGGGCAAGUUCGAGCACCGGCCGUGUUCAGGUGCCAUAGAGUGACAGCCAUUAGCAGUGGGGAAGGUGAGUUAGCUUACCAAGCAACAGUCAACAUUGGUGGCCAUGUCUUCAAAGGCUUUCUCUAUGAUCAAGGAAUUGAUGACAAAAAUGGCUUCCCAUCUGUUUCACACCUCCAUCUGGAAAGUGGUAACCACCACCACAAGGAAUAGAGGCAUCUCUCUUCUUCUUCUCCUCCAAAUUUUCCUCCAUCACAUCACUUUCCUCCCUGCUGAGGAUUACCCCCCCAARACUUGGUCCUGGUCUCGAUCUCGGUCUUGCCCACUGGGAAAAGUUUCAUAUCUCUACUGGAAUUCAGUGCUCUGUUCUGUUAUCUAUAAGUUCUAUAUAGUUCUUUUCAUGGUAGUAAUGCAAUGAAUCUGCACUAAAUAGAACAAAAAAAAGUGCAGAGUUGUAGUAGAAUCUUCUGUUCUAUAGUUUAGCUGGGCUUGGUGUAAAAUUUCUCGAGUCCAAUCAUUGUUGGAUACUGAUCUUCUGUAUAUUGCUAUUGCUAAGAAGAUGUGUAACUUUUCAUCUGUCCAAACUUUCAUCAAACAUGUGCUGAAACAAGCUAUGUUGUCCCA